AUGCCAUCUCGCUGGUGGAGGAGUUGUGGCGUGCGGCUGGUGGCGUGGACGCUGGUCUGGAGUCUUGCGUGGUGCAUCCCCGCAAAUGAAGUGAAUCUGCUGGAAUCCCGCUCGGUGAUGGUGGACCUGGGAUGGGUGGCCUACCCUAAGAAUGGAUGGGAGGAGAUCGGCGAAGUGGACGAGGACUACGCCCCCAUCCACACCUACCAAGUGUGCCGGGUGAUGGAGCAGAACCAGAACAACUGGCUGCACACCAACUGGAUCCUGACGGAGGGCGCCCAGCGGGUCUUCAUCGAGCUCAAGUUCACCCUGAGGGACUGCAACAGCCUGCCCGGGGGGGUGGGCACCUGCAAGGAGACCUUCAACAUGUACUACUACGAAACCAACGGGGACGAGGAGGAGAUGGAGGAGGGGGAGAUGAGGGACGGGACGGGCAUGACGGAGGAGGAGGACCGGCUGAUGAAGGAGAGCAGAUACAUCAAGAUCGACACCAUCGCCGCUGAUGAGAGCUUUACCGAGCUGGACCUGGGCGACCGCGUGAUGAAGCUCAACACCGAAGUGCGCGAUCUAGGCCCUUUAACACGGAAAGGCUUCUACCUGGCGUUCCAGGAUCUGGGCGCCUGCAUCGCCCUGGUCUCCGUGCGGGUUUUCUACAAGCGCUGCCCGUUUCUGGUGAAGAGUCUGGCCGAGUUCCCCGACACCAUCCCGGGCUCGGAGGCCUCCCAGCUGGUGGAGGUGGUGGGCCGCUGCGUCAACAACUCCCUGCCUUUAUACGAGCCUCCCAGGAUGCAUUGCAGCACGGAGGGCGAGUGGCUGGUGCCUAUCGGGAAGUGCGUGUGCCAGCCGGGGUUUGAGGAAGUCAGCGGAUCCUGUCAAGUGUGUAAGAUGGGGUUUUACCGCUCGCUGCUGGAGGCGGCGGCCUGCAGUAAGUGCCCCCCCCACAGCGUGGCCCGGCAGACGGGCGCCACCGCCUGCAGCUGCGAGGACGCAUACUACAAGAUCGACUCGGACCCCCCCAACAUGGCGUGCACACGUCCUCCGUCUCCUCCACGCAACGCCAUCUCCAACGUCAACGAGACCAGCGUCUUCCUGGAGUGGUCCGUUCCCAUGGAGACGGGCGGCAGGAAGGACGUGCGCUACAACAUCCUGUGCCAGCAGGUCCUGCCCGACGGGAGGGGCCUGGAGGAGUGCGGCGCCAACGUGCGCUUCCUGCCGCGCGGCGUCGGCCUCUCCAACACCUCGGUGAUGGUGGCCGACCUGCAGUCGCACACCAACUACAGCUUCCUGCUGGAGGCCGUCAACGGGGUGUCGGCGCUCGCCAAGGAGCACGCCAAGCAGUACGUGUCCCUGAACGUGACGACCAAUCAGGCAGCCCCCUCCCCAGUGAGUGUGAUAAGGAAAGGUCACACGGAGAAGAGCAGCAUCGCCCUUUCUUGGGCAGAACCGGAUCGUCCCAACGGCAUCAUCCUGGAGUACGAGAUCAAGUACUUUGAAAAGGAGCAGGACUCCAGUUACACGAUAAUAAAAUCCAAAGAGACGGAGAUGGUGGUGGACGGUCUGAAGCCGUCUUCAGUUUACAUCUUCCAGGUGCGAGCCAGGACCUCAGCGGGCUACGGAGCAUUCAGCCGGCGGUUUGAAUUCCAGACCAGCCCUUACUUAACUGCCACCAGUGAGCGAGCUCAGGCAUCUAUAAUAGCGGUGGCCAUUACGCUGGCUCUGGUCCUCCUGGCAGUGGUCGCUGGAUUCCUGCUGAGCGGACGGCGAUGCGGCUACAGCAAAGCAAAGCAGGAUCCUGAAGAGGAGAAGAUGCACUUCCACAACGGCCACAUUAAGUUCCCCGGGGUCCGCACCUACAUUGACCCCCUCACCUACGAAGACCCCAACCAGGCGGUGCACGAGUUCACCCAGGAGAUCGACGUCUCCUUCAUCUCCAUAGAGAGGAUCAUCGGAGCCGGCGAGUUUGGGGAGGUGUGCAGCGGACCACUGAGGCUGCCCGGCAAGAGGGAGAUCCAGGUUGCCAUCAAGACGUUGAAAGCAGGAUACACGGAGCAGCAGAGGCGCGACUUCCUCUGGGAGGCGUCCAUCAUGGGCCAGUUCAACCAUCCCAACAUCAUCCGGCUGGAGGGCGUCGUCACCAAAAGCAAACCAGUGAUGAUUAUCACAGAAUACAUGGAGAAUGGAUCACUGGACACAUUCCUUAAGAAAAAUGACGGUCAGUUCACGGUGAUCCAGUUGGUGGGGAUGCUGCGCGGCAUCGCGUCUGGCAUGAGGUAUCUGUCCGACAUGGGCUACGUCCACCGGGACCUGGCAGCUCGUAACAUCCUGGUGAACAGCAACCUCGUGUCUAAAGUGUCCGAUUUCGGUUUGUCCCGAGUCCUGGAGGACGACCCGGAGGCUGCGUACACCACACGGGGUGGAAAGAUUCCUAUUCGCUGGACGGCUCCUGAGGCGAUCGCAUACAGGAAGUUCACCUCGGCCAGCGACGUGUGGAGCUACGGCGUGGUGAUGUGGGAGGUGAUGUCAUACGGAGAGAGGCCGUACUGGGAGAUGUCCAAUCAAGAUGUAAUAAAAGCAAUAGAGGAGAGCUAUAGGUUGCCAGGUCCUAUGGACUGCCCCGAGGCUCUGUACCACCUAAUGAUGGACUGCUGGCAGCGAGACCGCAGCAGCCGGCCCAAGUUCGACGAGAUCGUCUGUCUACUGGACAAACUCAUCCGCAACCCCAGCUCAUUAAAGAAGCUGGUCAACUCGUCGCACAGGGUGUCCAACCUGUUAGUGGAGCACGCCAACGUCCAGGGGGGGGACUGCAGCGCUCGCAGCCAGACCGUCGGCGAGUGGCUGGACUCCAUCAAGAUGGGUCGUUACACAGAGCUCUUCAUGGGAGGAGGUUACUCUACACUGGAGACGGUGGCUCAGAUGACGUCAGAGGAUCUCCGGCGAGUGGGCGUGAAUCUGGCCGGCCAUCAGAAGAAGAUCAUCACUAGCAUCCAGGAGAUGAGAGUCCAUAUGAACAGCACUGUCAACUCCACUGUCAACAUGUGA